GAGGCGCGAGGCGCUUACCCGAAUCAGCUGCACUCACUCUCCGCACCGCGCGCGCUGCAAAAUGGCGGCCGCUUCCUCCCUGCAGCCGCCCUCAGCGCCCGGCGCCGCCAAGCGCCCCAACUCCCCCGUGCCGGACGCGGACAGCCCCGAGAGCCGCCCGGAGGAGGACGAGGCUCCUGAGGACACCAUCCUCCGGGACAUGGCCGAGCUGGAGCCGGAGGAGAUCGAACGGAGGCUGGAGAAAACUCGGCGCGAACUCAGCAACAGGAGAAAGAUUGUGAUGAAGAACCUGCCGCAGGACGCAACGAACCAGGAAGUGCAUGAUAUUCUUCGUGAGUACGAGCUCAAGUACUGCUUUGUGGACCGGAACAAAGGCACAGCUUUUGUAACACUGCUAAAUGGCGACCAGGCUCAGGACGCCAUCCGUACACUGCACCAGACGUCGGUGCGUGGCCGCGACAUCAGAGUCCAGCUGCAGCCCACCGACUCGCUGCUGUGCGUCACCAACCUGCCUCACACGUUCACGGGCACACAGUUCCAGGAACUGGUGCGCUCCUAUGGCAACAUCGAGCGCUGCUUCCUCGUCUACAGCGAGCUAACAGGCCACUCCAAGGGCUACGGCUUUGUGGAGUACAUGAAGAAGGACUCGGCCUCCAGGGCUCGCUCAGAGCUUCUAGGCAAAGUGCAGGGUGACCGCUCGCUCAUGGUGCAGUGGAGUGACGUCAACCAGCUCAGCACGGCCCAGCACAUCCACUCCAAGUGCCUGUGUGUGGAGCGGCUGCCCGUGGACUUUGACAGCUCCGAAGAGCUAGCGCACAUCUUUUCUGAGCGCUACAAACCCGUCUUCUGCCAGCUGGCGCAGGAUGAGGGCAGUGCCGUGCAGGGUUUUGCAGUGGUGGAGUACGAGACAGCAGAGCAGGCUGAGGCCAUCCUCCUGGAGAUGGACAGACACCUGAUCCAAGGUCAGGAGAUUCACCUGUCCCUGUGUAGUCCAGGAACAUCUGGCCGCAGCACACUUGCUGCCCUCAUCGCUGCUCAGGGAGUGAUGCUGAGCAAUAAAAAGGGUUUGUUGCCCGAGCCUAAUUUGGCUCAGCUCCUAAACAGCAUGACCAAUCCAGCUGCUCUUCAGGUUCUUAUGAGACCGUACCACACUGGCAAGCGUGGAGGGAAGUUUCGUGCUCACGGUGUUCCUUUUCUCCGACCGCCGCUGACAGCUGCACUGCUUCAGCUAGGAAAAGCACAGCAGAACGCCAUGCUGGGGAACGGGCUCGUUCUGCAGAACCUUCUCCACAUGCACAUGGCACAGCAGCAGCUCCUGCACAUCAAGGACAAGCACAUCACUAAUAUUCCCAGUCUUUUAGGUGACCCCUCCCGUUUACUCCUCCAUAAAGUCCUGGCCCUUCGAGCUGCAGCCCCGGUGCCGGUGGUGAAAGGGCUGAUUGGCGAUUCCUCCACCGACUCGACUCGGGAGGCCGGAGGGUCUGGAGGAGGCCGCGCUCACUCGAGCCCUGGGGAUCAGAACGGUGUUCCAGCCCCAGACAAACAGCCAGCAGUAUCGACUCACUCUCUCAGCCAGACACACGGCUUCAGUUCUGGGUCAAGCAGAGCGGCACUGAGCUCCAAAGCUCCGGUUAAUCACAGCAGCACUGCAUCAGAGAACUGCACACUCACAACACAAACCAGCUGCCAGAUGUCUCUGCUGGGGGAACCACCUAAAGAGGUGAAACUACCCUCCAACCCUUACCUAAACAUGGCCAGUGUCUUACCUGGAGUAGUGCUGCAAGCUCCCUGUAGCAGCAGCAGUAAAGGCCAGGUGGUCAGCGGAACCUAUAGCUCUGUUCUGCCUCCAGCUUCCCUCCCGACUACCCAGUACAGCACCGAGUGCACCGCCUCAGACUACACAAACCAGUACACUCAGCAAUACUCACAGGAGGCCAUGCAGCAGUGGUAUCAGCAUUAUCAGGCACAGGGCUACAAUAACACUAACCAGGAGAGUACUACAGCUACAGAGUACAACAAGGAACAAGCUCAGUCUGUGGUCACGUCUUCAUAUGGAGACUACACUUCUUACAUGCAGGCCGUCACCCAGUACUAUUCUCAGACUCAGAUAAGCCAAGCUGCUGCACCUGGAUACCAGCAGAGAGACCUCAGCAAGGAGCUGGAGGUGGUAAAGCCGCCCAUGGUUGCUCCUCUGUCUCUGAACGGCACGGCCCCGCCCAUUCUGCCUGCCUACAGCGCCCUGCCAAUCAUGCCCGGCUUCAUCGCCCCUGCACAUACACACACACACACACCAAACGCCGUCACACACACACCCAGUGCACACAGCGUGACAGACUGGAGCCAGUAUUACUAUGCUCGAGGACAGAAGCGAGAGUAUCCCACACUGGCAGUACAGGAAGUGACAUCAGAGGGGCCUUACGUGGGCCAGCACUCACAGGGUCUGGGUGGCCAGUACGCUGACUACUUCAAAAAGAAGAGGAUUUAGACCACACACACACACACACACACACACACACACAUAGUUACAGUGUUUUUGUAGUGCAUUGAUGUUGUCCAGUCGAAGCCUUAACUCUGCACUCUGUAUCUG